CUGUAUGAGCAAAUUAAGACUGACGCGGUCGGUCAUUGCAUGUUUUGUCAUUUUGUGUUUGCAACGACUCGAAGGCGAGUAGCUGUGUUAUUUUAGAACUUUAUUUUGAGUGUACUGUACCUUUAAGGCUUCUGUAAUUUGUGAGUUGUAUCAUGCGCGCUUCAUUAAACCAGGCUGCCAGAACAGUAUUGUGGGCGUUUCUUCAUUACUGUCCAGUUUUUAGAGUUCAAAACUGAGGAAAAGCUCUCAGUAAACAUAAAUGGGAAGCGCUGCUGCAACCAAGAUCAUUGUGAAACAGACCUCACCAGCAUUUUGUGCGUUAUGGAUGACAAAGACGAAGAUACAGACACUUUUGACCCCAACCUUCCUGAGGAGGGUCCGUCUGCUCCGCCUCCAGGCUGGCUGGACAGUGUAACAGGCUAUGAGGAACACACGGGUGGAGACUGUACAGAUCAAAUCUGUCCUCCUCCGCCAGACUUUGUCCCUAAACCUGAAGAUGACAAGAAUGCCUCAGUUCCAAAUGUCAUGGUGCCCACCGUCUCAGAGGAUGUAGCGAGAGACGCUCUACUCCAGUUUGUGGGUAAAAAAUGGACGUACAGCAGCAAACCUGCCAAAAAUCUGAUCUUCAACGAGCUGAAGCCUUUUACAGUUUACCGUUACCGCUUGGAAACUUUCACAGAGUCCAGAUCAAGUGCCUGGGAAUCAGAGCCGCACACAGGUCAGUGUGUGGAUGGGCCUCAGAAUGGAGUGAGUCCUCCACCAUGGCACGUCCAGGUGUCUUACCCACCCAAAUUCACAGACGCCGUUCAGAAAGUCAGGGUCCCGCACUCUUCAUUCAUAAAGCCCUGCCACCGUUGUCAUGGUAACGGCAAAGUGAGGUGUACCCACUGCCGAGGACGAGGACUGACUCGCUGUAUGUUCUGUCACGGCUCUGGUCACAGUCGCAACCGACGGUGUACAACCUGCCACGGAAGAGGAAGAAAAAGAUGUGUUUCUUGUCAUGGAAAGGGUUACAAAGGCUGCAUCACGUGUAACAGUUUCAGAAACCUUGUGCAUUUCAUACAGCUUACAGUUACAUGGAAGAACCAGGUGUUUGUGUUUAUACCCAACCGGGUGCCUGAAUUCCCGCUGAAGAAGUUUGAGAAGGUGUCUGGAGAAGCGUUCUUUGUAGAUGAAAAUCUCCUGGUUUAUCCGAUAGAGGGCUUUCCUGACCGGGAAAUCUGCGAUGCCUCAAAAGGAGCGAUUCAGAAUCACCUGCUAAAAUAUUCAGCGGUGAGCCGCAUCCUGCAGCAGCGUCAGACAAUCGAGCUGGUUCCUCUCACUCAUGUAUAUUACUCUUACAGUGGGAAAGACUACGAUUACUUUGUUUUUGGGCGAGAAAACAAAGUUCACACCACCAAAUACCCUUCUUCUUGCAGCAUUUUGUAAUAACUGAAUUUGUUUUGUGUCUUAACCAAUCUUGCAAUAAUUCAUAAUUUCCAUAAGAUGUAAAUACAGUAUAUACAGUGUAUAUUUAUCAUGUAAUAUAUUAACUGUAAAUGUCUAUGAAAACAUUUCUCCUCAUUCUCUCAUAUAAACAUAUAACAGCAUGUUUUGAACAACUGUUUUAUUAUCAUUACUUUGUUCUGUAUAUUAAAUAUACAUAUAUUAGUAUUAAGUAUUAAAAUUAAUUUGAGUACAGUUUAUUUUUGGUUCAUUUUUGACAUAAAAGUGCAGUUGGUUUGCUACACGUUUACAGAUUUUCUUGAUAAAUUUCUAUAUACAGGUAUUUUGAUCAUUUGAAAGGACUUUAUAUUUCUCGAUUUAUACCUUAAUGUUUUGGCAACUGAAAAAAAUAUUUUCCAGGAAAAAUAUACAGUUCCUUUUUACACGUUAAUCCUAACUCACACUGUAUGGGGUAAGUUGUCACAGCGGGAACCUGCUGUUUACCAACCCUGAUUUGAGAAGGAUACUUUUGAAAUCUAAAGUUAACAAAGCUGCAACACUCCUAAAAUUGCAACAAUUAUAUAUAUAUAUAUAUAUAUAUAUAUAUAUUAUAUUUUGAAUAAAUUGAAAAAAAGGUGACAAAAUGUGACAGCUUGCCCAAUCAUGGCGUGAAAAAAUGUACAAAAGUUUGAUUUCAUUGUGCUCACUUAAAAUAUGUUUUUUUUUUAAAACACUUCUGUAAUUAAAAAGGUCUUAAAUCAGAGCAGAAAGUCUGUAGUGUUAUUUUGUUUUCCAAUACAAUUAUCUAAACAUCCUUGUUUUCUGAGAAAUUUAUCAAAAUUAAGUGAGUUCAUACUUGAAAUAUUUUAAGUAUGAAACAUUGCUCACUGUGGUAUGAAAGCUAUGUUUCCCUUUAAAUGAAGUAGAUUUUUCUGCGCCUAACAGAUAUUUUCUCAGAAAAUUCUUGUCUUAAGUAAAUGUACUUAUCCAAAAAAAAAAAAAAAUACUGAGACGGAACAUCACUUUUUUACAGUGUGAUCAGAAUUUAAACGUUAUUUCCGUGGUUGGAUGCAGAGAUAUUAAGGCCUUUUUUGUAAAAUGAAUGAAAAAUAUGUUCUCUCUACAUUUACAUUGAGAUUAAAUACUGACAGGGUUUCUGAACCAUGGAUUCAUUACAGUAAAUGUGCAAUAAAAUUUGUGGUAGUAGUAA